AUUGAUAACUCUGACAUUAUCGUUUCUUUUUAUUUCUGUUACAGUUACGACACGGAGAAUGGGAUAUCGGUAGCCGAACAAGGUGUACCGAAGUACGCCGGGCCUAAUCAAAUAGAAUCUGUCCGUGGACAGUAUAGUUAUACUGCUCCAGACGGUACGCCAAUUUUACUCACGUACACUGCCGACGAGAACGGUUUUCAAGCGAACGGCGCACAUUUGCCCACACCACCCCCGAUCCCAGUGGCGAUACAACGCGCCUUGGCUCACAACGCGGCUCACCCUGAAGAGGAGGAACCCUACAGACGAUACUGAACACGUUUCUUGAUUGUUAAUCUAGUAGAGCCUCUUGUCUCCUAACCAUCAGAGACUUUUAGAUCUCGAUAUUAAAAAAUGAUUUUUCAAACAAAUCAUCAGAUCUCUAUUGAAUAAUAUUCAGAAUCAUUACCAGAAAGUAAUUAUGCUAUUAUUAAAAAAAUGUCUGUAUCCUAAUAAUUGAUUUUAACUGAGAAAAGACGAAUCCGAUUUAGGAGGUUCUACUAUGUUCAUGAAGUUCACUGGGAAUCUAGAACUCGUUUUUUAAAUAACGUUCAUGCUUGCAUUUGGUAACACGUGGAAUAUUUAGUCAGACUUAAUUUUACGUUUCGCUUCAUCUAUGAGGCGCAUAGAUACAAUACAGUUUACAAUUGUUAAAGGAGCAACUGUCGUGUCGCGAUUAAGUUUUCCUCGAUAACGUAGCCGAUCGCAGACGAUAACAUGUUAAUCCGUUAGAACCUGCCAUGUGAUUGAACCCAGCCAAGACUACUUACGUACUAAGACUAAUAAGUAUCUACCUUAAUUUGCAUAAUUUUGUAUAAAUUUCGGAAUGUACACGUUUUGUUAUAAAUAAAUGUAAUCCGCAGUCUAGUUAGAAACUUUUUAGAAUAAAAAGGCGUAAUGUUAGUUUUCGAGCGGCCUAAUACAAAAUUUGGUGAAAAUUCA